AGGUUGUCUGGAUGUAUGGUGACAGAGGAAGGCUGUGGUUAUGUGUCUUCAGCUCUGAGUUCAAACCCCUCACACCUGAGAGAGCUGGAUCUGAGCUACAAUCACCCGGGAUUUUCAGGAGUCCAGCUUCUCUCUGAAAAACUGGAGGAUCCAAACUACUCACUGGACAAACUCAAUGUGGAUCAUGGAGGAGAAUCCAGGAUUACAGCAGGAUGUCGAAAAUAUGGCUGUUUUCUCACACUGGAUCCAAACACAGCAAACACUGAACUCAGUCUGUCUGAGGAGAACAGAAAGGUGGCAAGUGUGGAUGAGGAUCAUCCUGAUCAUCCAGACAGAUUUGAUGUGUCUCAGGUGUUGUGUAGAGAGAGUGUGUGUGGACGCUGUUACUGGGAGACUGAGUGCAGUGGAGAUGUGUUUAUAUCAGUGUCAUAUAAGAGCAUCAGCAGGAAGGGACGGGGUGAUGAGUGUGUGUUUGGAUCUAAUGAUCAGUCCUGGAGUUUGUACUGCUCUCGCUCCUGUUACUCAUUCAGACACAAUAACAUAAGGACUGCUCUCUCUGUGAAGUCCAUCAGCAGCAGCAGGAGAAUAGGAGUGUUUGUGGAUCACAGUGCAGGAACUCUGUCCUUCUACAAUCCUCUAGAAUAG